CGCGAGGUGCUGCAGGCCCUGGGCGCCGAGCUGUACCCUCUCGCCCGCCAGCGCCUCGGCCAGCUGCUCCACUCCCUGCAGGAUUUCUACAGCCACAGUAACUGGGUCGAACUGGGUCACCGCAGUAUCCACCCAGACCUGCUCCAACCGGGCCGUGAGCUGGGCUCCAUCGCCGGAGCCGAUGUCUGGACCUGCUGCUCCUGCACCAGCUGGACGUGCGAGGGGAACCUCCUGGGCUCGCUCCAGGAGCGUGGGCUGCUGACCAGCGGGUAUUUCGGCUCCGAGCCGGAGAAACCGCCCGGGAAAUGCAGCCAUGGGGGGCAGUUCGACAGCAGCCGCCUGCAGGACCCCCAAGGGGGGAUAAACAAGGACAGUUCAUCCCCCCUCUUCUCCCCCCACCACUAUCUGCACGGCCCGGCGGCCAGCUUGGCCCUCGAGGCCUCGGCCCGGUUCCUGCGCGACCUGCGGCGGGACCUGGCCCACGACAAGCAAUUCAUGAGGCUGCUGGACGUCAGCCCCGCCGUGGGGCUCAGCUUCGUGCUGGACACCACGGGCAGCAUGAGCGAGGAGAUCGGCGCCGCCCGGCUCCAGGCCCGCGACAUCCUCACCCGCCGGCUGGGGGGGGCCGAGGAGCCCGACUUCUACCUGCUCGUCCCCUUCCACGACCCUGGCUUUGGGCCCGUGUACAAGACGAGCAACGCCGACGAGUUCCUGAGGAUCCUGAAUUCGAUCAGCCCCCUGGCCGGGGGCGACGAGCCCGAGAUGUGUUUGUCGGCGCUGCAGCUAGCCCUGCUGCACUCGCCCCCCAUGUCCGAGAUCUUCGUCUUCACGGACGCCUCGGCGAAGGACGCCCACCUCCGGACCAGCGUGGAGGCCUUGAUCCAGGAGCGCAGGUGCAAGGUGACUUUCCUGAUCACGGAGGACCCUUCCAGGACGCGGGUGAGGCGGGAGGUGCUGGCUGCUGACCGCUUUGACCUGUACGUGGGCCUGGCCCACAGCUCCGGGGGCCAGGUCAUCUUCACCGACAACGACAACAUCUGGCAGGUGGCGGGCGUCAUUGGAGAGACCACUGCUUCCUCGGUGACCCUGUUCCAGUACCAGAAGGGGGGCAGCUUGGGCCCCUGGGGGCUGGGCCGGAGGGGGCGGAAGAAACGGGCCACCUGGGAGAGCCACCACUUUUGGGUCGACAGCCGGGUGGACGGGGCCAUCGUGACUAUCCAGGGGGACGUCGGCUCCUUCCGGCUCCGCGACCCCACCGGGACCUCCCAGACCUCGGACGCCACCAGCGGCCCCCUGGGCACCGGACAGCGAUUCGGGACUUUCCACCGGCUCGAGCUUUCGCCCCGGCCGCCCAUUGGCCUCUGGACCCUGGAGGUGCAGGCGCAGGGCAACUAUUCGGUGCACGUGCGAGGCAACAGCUCCCUGGAUUUCCUGUAUUACUUCGCUGUCCCCGCCAAGGGGCCCCACCCAGGACUUUUCAAGCUGGACAGUCGCCCCGUGAGAGGGCUGCCACUGUCGCUGGUCCUGGCCGUGACGGGGCAGACCCGGCCGGGUGGGGGCUCGGUCCGGAUGGAGGCAGUGGAGCUGGCGGAUCCCGUCACGGGCCGGCGGCUGGGUGACGAGCUGCCGCUCCAGGAAGUGGCCAAGGGGACAGGACUUUAUGCCGCAGCCCUUCCUCUGGCCCUGCCCCGGGCGGGCUUUGCGCUGAUCCUGCGAGGGUCCGACAGCCAGGGCCGGCGUGUGGAAAGACCUGCCCCCCAGGUCACCUCGGCCGUGGGGUUCCUGCUGCAGCUGAGCAGCACCGGGCCCCUGUUCCCGGGGCAGACGGGCGCCGUCGCCUGGUGGGUCUGGAACCCCAAGGAGCCCCAGGAGCUGGGCCUGGCAGUGAGCAGCGACCCCAGCUACCCCGUCAGCACCUCCAGCCCACGGCUGCAGCUGGGCAGGAACCAGACAGCGACGGGCGUCAUCUCGCUGCGGGUGCCCGGCAGCGCCCGCCCCGGUUCUGCCAUCACCGUCACCCUCCGUGCCGACCCCCUUUCCCCAGCCGGGGACGCCAACUUCGCCUUCAUCCAGCUCCUGGUGUUGCACCGGCCAUCGGUGCCGGAUCGCGCCUCUCCUCCCUGCAACGUCACCUCGGUGGCUGGCACCUGCGGCCCGCCAGGGUCCCCCUGCCGCGAGCGCCGCUGGACGGCCAGGCUGCGGAUCUGGGACGGGGACGGCAUCCGGUCGGUGCAGGCAGGGGGCACGGCUGUGCCCCACUGGGCUGAUGGCCAGGCUGCAACGGCCACCUACUCCUCUGACUGCUGCACCCGGGAGGCGGAGCUUCUGGUGACCAACCGGCUAGGGGAGGAGUAUCGGUGCCCGGUGGCGGCGCCUCCUGCUGGUGCCGCGGGGGACCUGGUCCUCACGCCCUGGUGGGGGAUGGCAGCGUUGGCCAUUCAGGUGGCCUUUCAUGUCGGGCUGGGGCACUGAUGCUACAGGGCGCCCCCUAGUGUGUGUGUGUGGAGCUAAGGUACAGCAUCCAGGCCUGGCUAUGGCACCCCCUGGUGGAGACAGGUGGUCCUGCACCCGGCUGGGCUGCUUUUCCUAUAGGGUGCCCUCUAGUGGAGACAGGUGGCACUGCACCCGGCUGAGACCCUCUUCCUAUAGGGUGCCCUCUAGUGGAGACAAGUGGUCCUGCAGCUGUCUGGGACGCCUUUCCUAUAGGGUGCCCUCUAGUGAGGAUGCGGUAGAGCAUCCAGGUCAGUUCUCCUCUGCAGCUGCACUGGGGGCUGCUGGGAGAAAAGGGACCGGUGACCGUGUGGCUCUAACACUGUGCAGUGUGUGUGUGUGUGUGUGUGUGUGAGAGAGAGAGAGAGAGAUUCGGGAUUCAUACUGUGACACCCCCAGGUCGGGAAUCCGGGAUGGGCUGUUUGAGAUGCUUUUCUGAGCUGACACCAGAAAUACGAAUAAUUUCCAGCAAAAAAUAAUAUAUUUUCCCCCAACUUUGUGGGAUGAAUGUUACACCCCUGACUCCAUUUCCCAGCACCAAUGCCCAGUGUGAGUCAUGGCGAGAGCUCCUGGAGGUUGGGGCCUCUCAGUCACAGUGGUAGGAUUUGAACUCAGAACCUCCUGGGUGCCCCUCUGCUGGAUGUUCUCCUAGGCCGCAGAGC